AUGGGCAGCGCGCGGGGCCCCAGCGGAGCCCCACGAUCCGCUGGCGCGCGAGCGGCUGGCGGGGAAACGGGAGCCUUCGGCGGAACCGGCAUCGGCGGAACAGGGAAGGGCGCAGAAGGGAUGGGCGCAGGGGGGAAGACUCCGCCGAAACGCCCCCUGGCGCGGAGGCUGCGCGGGAAGAAAACGGAGGAAACCCUAGCGAAGGAGAUUGGCGUGGUGAUGGUGCAGCUGGGGAAGCUAGAACCGGGCGGGGAGCGUAAGGUGCGGCACGUGCUGCGGAAAUACGCCAAGUGCUUUGGACCCGAGUGCGUUUUAGGUGCGCUGAAUGAGCUCAUGCGGCGGAACGACGUGGACCGUACGAUCGAGGCGUUUGAGUGCAUCCGGACCGCUCACUGGUUCGAGCCAGAUCCGAUGCUGUAUGCGCGGUUGAUUGAGGUGCUGUCGCGGAAUUCACGCACUGACACUGCUGCUGCGCUCUUUGCCUCCAUGGAUGGGGGGCCUGCUGUGCCCCUGACUGGGGGAAUCGCCAUGCUCGUGGGCGCAGGAGGGGUUGGGGGGAAUGGUGGGGGAAGGGCUGGGAGGGGUGGUGUGAGGGAGGGUGUGAAGGGGAAUAGGUGGGAUUCUGGCAGUGAUGGCGAUGAUUCUAGCAGUGAUGACGUGGAUGGGUCGGAUGAUGAGCUGGCACCGAGGUAUGAUGACGAGGAUGAGGAUGACCCGGACGGGGAUCGGUGGGGCACGAGCAAAGGGCGGCGGAGGCGGCUGAAGAAAAAAGCCGCUGCUGCUGCCACUGCAGGUGGAGGAAGCAGAGGAGGAAGAGGAACAGGAGGAGGCGCAGGAGGGCCAGGGGGGACAGCGGGGGGAGCAGCAACAGCAGACACAUCAGCAGCAGCGGCGUUGGCGCAGUUACCGCGUUUGAAGCAAUGUGUGCGCACGCCAUCAGUGUAUGCAGCGAUGAUCGAGGCGUAUGGCCGCCGCCACCAGGCGACGGCUGCCCUCGCGCUGCUGCACCAGAUGAAGGCCACCCCUGGCUGUGCUCCCGAUGCUGCUGCCUAUGGGUCUGCAGUGAAAGCGCUGUGUCUGGUAGGCCGCACAACAGAGGCCGAGGACCUUCUAGCAGACAUGGCGCACGGGGGCGCGCUGCCACACUCCACGCCCUUCAAUGCCCCCCUCUUUGCCCCCCUCCCCCUGCUUCACCACGCGUGUGUGUCCCCAGGUCGGCAAUGGAAGCUCGCUGUCUGGUCAGCAGUAAAGGCGCUCUGUCUGGUGGGGAGAACCACAGAAGCCGAAGACCUCCUAGCGGACAUGGCGCACAGAGGCGUGCUGCCGGACGCCACGCCCUUCAACGCGCUGAUAGACGCGUAUGGGAGUGCGGGGCAGCUGCAGCUGAUGCGAGACAAGUUCUUUGAACUCACCAGCGUGGGACUGAGACCCGACGUGCGCACUUUCAAUGGACUCAUUAGAGGCUUCGGCAGACACGUUUGUGGACACUGGAUGGAGGUGGAACCGCACUGCACCCAACGUGCACACCUGUGGUGCUACCUGUGUGCCUCACUGAUCCUCUCUUCUCUUCCUUGGUGUGCCACUCUUCCUUGGUGUGCCACUCUUCCUUGGUGUGCCACUCUUCCUUGGUGUGCCACUCCUCCUUGGUGUGCCACUCUUCCUUGGUGUGCCACUCUUCCUUGGUGUGCCACUCUUCCUUGGUGUGCCACUCUUCCUUGGUGUGCCACUCUUCCUUGGUGUGCCACUCUUCCUUGGUGUGCCUCUCUUCCUUGGUGUGCCACUCUUCCUUGGUGUGCCACUCUUCCUUGGUGUGCCACUCUUCCUUGGUGUGCCACUCUUCCUUGGUGUGCCACUCUUCCUUGGUGUGCCACUCUUCCUUGGUGUGCCACUCUUCCUUGGUGUGCCACUCUUCCUUGGUGUGCCACUCUUCCUUGGUGUGCCACUCUUCCUUGGUGUGCCACUCUUCCUUGGUGUGCCUCUCUUCCUUGGUGUGCCACUCUUCCUUGGUGUGCCACUCUUCCUUGGUGUGCCACUCUUCCUUGGUGUGCCACUCUUCCUUGGUGUGCCACUCUUCCUUGGUGUGCCACUCUUCCUUGGUGUGCCACUCUUCCUUGGUGUGCCACUCUUCCUUGGUGUGCCACUCUUCCUUGGUGUGCCACUCUUCCUUGGUGUGCCACUCUUCCUUGGUGUGCCACUCUUCCUUGGUGUGCCACUCUUCCUUGGUGUGCCACUCUUCCUUGGUGUGCCUCUCUUCCUUGGUGUGCCUCUCUUCCUUGGUGUGCCUCUCUUCCUUGGUGUGCCUCUCUUCCUGUUCCCCUCUUCCUCUCCUCCAAUCUCAGGGCAGGGCUAUUGUCAGAGAUGGAGGCGGUGUUCGAGAGCAUGCAAGUGGGGUACCGCACUGCACCCAGCGUGCUCACACCCUUGCUGCUUCCCCUUGUUUCUUACUGUACCCCCCCCCAUCCUCCUGACUCCCUUUCCCCCCUUCGGUCACACAGAGCUGGCUUGUUAUCAGAGAUGGAGGCGGUGUUUGAGAACAUGCAGAUGGGGUACCGCACUGCACCCAACGUGCACACCUUUCAUGCCCUCAUGGACGCGUAUGGCGCCCACGCCCUCACAUGCCUGCAGCGCCACGACAGCAUGCAGCAGCACAUGUGGCCUGAGGGGCAGGAGGAGGCUGGGCAGCAGCAGGAGCUGCAGGGGAGGCGGAUGGAAGGGAGGCAGCGGGAGGCAGGGCAGCAAGGGCAGGGGCAGCAAGGGCAGGGGCAGCGGGAGUGGGGGCCGCAGGAGGACAAGGUUGGAGGGUCAAAGAGAAAGCGUGGGGAUGAUGGAGCAGCGGAGGGGCAGCAGGGGGGGGGGCAGCGGAGUGCAGAGCGAAGGCGGGGCGCAUUCGACCGCAUGCAGCGCACGCUGCUGCAUCUGGUGAAGAUGCGCUACCGCCUUCAUGCCGAGUCGUUUGAACUGCCCCUCAAAUACCUGGCUCAGGCGGGAAUGUUGGAGGAGAUGGAGAAGGUGUUUCGGCUGAUGAGGGCUAUCGCAUGGGUGGGGGCGGGGGGCGGCGGCAUGGGGGUGGUGUCGGCAGCAGUGGAGGCAUACGCGCGCGCAGGCAUGCUGUCCCAUAUGGAAGCACUCUUUAGUGGUGCUCAGACCCUGGGAAUGGGUUCACGGGGCAUGGGGAUAGAUGCUCGCAGCAUGGGGGUGGGUAUGAUUAGGGCAGGUGGCAUGGGGGGUAGUGUGACAGGAGAUGGAAGCGGUGUGGGAAGGAUGGGGGCAGGUGGCAUGGGUGCGAGUGAUUCGGCUUGGGGGGAAGGUGCGGGGGAGGGCAUCGGAGGUGGGAGGAUGGGGGGAAUGGGGGUGCGUGGUGGGGGAAUAGGGGGACGGAGUAUGGGGGGAGGGGCAAUUGCAGGAGAGACCAUGGGGGGAAGAACCAUGGGUGGGGGGAUGAUGGUGGACGGGCGGAUAUGGGGAGGGAGGGAGGGGAGGACAUGGGAGGGGAAUGGAGGGGGAUCAAGAGGGUGGGUAGAGGAGCCUAUGGGAAUAGGGAUGGCGGUUGGUGGAGGAGUUGAGUAUGGUGCCAAUGGUAGCUAUGGCUAUGGUGGUGAUAGUUCGGGGUACAGGGGUGAGGGUUAUGAGGGUGAUGGGUAUGGUGGCAUGGUCAGCAGCUAUCAGGGCUAUCAGAGUCUCUCCUCCUUCCCCUCCCCUCCCUCAUCCCCUUCACAUCACCACCCCCGCGGCCGCCACCGGCUCGUUUUGUCCUCAUCUGCAUGCAACGCCAUGGCUGAAGCCUAUGCUGCAGUGGCCUCUCCGGGCGGCGUUCGGCGAGUCAUGGCUUACAUGCUUCGGCACGGAGUGGCCCGCAACGAGACGACCAUUGCCGCCCUCCUCUCUGCCUGCGCAGCUGCUGCUGACGUGGCGGGGAUGGAGGGGGCUCUGCAGCGGGCGGUGCGACGUGGCAUGCUGGAUACGACGCCAGCUGGCGCCUAUGUGGCGCCAGCUGGAGCAGUCCGGAGCCUGCCAGCUGGCGCUUACGUGGCAGCAGCUCAGGCGUUUGGAGUUGCAGGGAAGGUGGGAAGGAUGAGGGAGAUGCUGGGAAUCGCACGACAGGUGGGGCAGGUGGGGCAGGCAGGAGCCAUGCAAAGUCAGUCGGGGGAAGAUUCUAGUGCAGGUGGAAGGGGAGGUGGAGUGGGUGAGGGUAGGCGUGUGUCUCAAGUGGAUGGUCAUGGAGGUGCGGUGGGAGGAGGUGGGGAGUGGUUCUUGGAUGGGGAGAAAAGAGCGUGGGCCACGGCAGAGGAGGUUGAGAGGGAGUGCUAUUUGACUGCCAUCGAUGCUUUUCUUGCCUCUGCUGAUAAUGGUGAUGGUGAUAGUGGCGCUGGUGGUGUGGCUGACAGUUGGGAAGAGAGGGAGGGAGAAGGACGAGCAGCAGGCAAGACACGGUCCGAAGCUGCUUCGCCAGCAGCAGCUUCGGCAACAGGUUCGGCAGCCAGGGCACCCGAAGCACCGUCAGCUUUAGAACGAGCCGAGGCGCUAUUGGGGGAGAUGCACGGGCGGGGGAUGUGUGCUGACGUGGCGACGUACAGUGCUGUGCUGGCAGCAAGGGGGCACGGGGCGGUGGUGGAGGGGGCAGCAGAGGAGGUGCUUGAGGUGGAGGCGUGGGGGAUGAGUGAGGGGUCGGUGUGCGCUGCUGCCCUGCUCUUGCUGCUGGCACAUGCACAAGCACAGGCACAGGCGCAUGCUGAAAGAACACAAGCACCAGCCCAAGUGGGAUCUGAAUCAUCUGUCUAUGAUGCUGCUAUCGCUGCUGUUACUGCUUCCCCUGUUGCUGAUGUUGAUUCUGUGCCUGCCUCCACACCAUCCCCAGCAGCAUCCCACCUGCUGCUCCACUGGCUCUCGUCCCUACAGGCUGGUCGCUUCCGCCCUCUCACUCACCUCCUGGGGCUCGUGCCUGUAGAGGGUGGGAUGAUGAGGGGCUUGGUGGUAGCUAGAGAAUCGGAGAGCAUGGGAGUGGAGCAACAAGGGGUGAUUGGGAGGGUGGGGCAGCAAGAGAUGAUGGGGAGAGAAGGCUCACAGGGCAGCGGACGGGAGUGGCAGCAUCCUGAGGCAUCUUCUGAGGAGGCAUCUUCUGAGGAGGCAUCUGCUGAGGAGGCAUCUGCUGAGGAGGCACAGAGGGAGUACAUUCAGCAGCAGCAAUUACAUCGGACAUCCCCCACGCAGCAACAUCAACAACAACAGCAGCAGCAGCAGCAGCAGCUGACAGAAUUGGAUGCUCCUUCAGCCCAAGAGAAGGCUCUGUUCCACGACUUAAGGAAGCUUCUUCAAAGCGUCCAAGGCAAUGCCCACCCUGCUUCCCUGCGUCCUCUGUUCGCCUCUCUUGCCGCAGCUCUCUGCAGGUUCGGCAGGUUUCGCCGAGCCUGUUUGGUCUUGGAAGAGGCUCGGAGAUUCGGAGCAUAUCCAACACCGCCGAGCCAGCCUGUGCCGAGCCUGGCUGGCCCGGUUUGGUCCCUAGACCUGCACUUGUACCGAGGUCCGGUGGCAGUGCUUGCACUGGCGGUGUGGCUGGAGGAGCUCUGCUGGAAGAUUUCCGAAGCUGAGGAGCAGGCUCGGGAUGGUUCAGUGGACAGCUUUGGGGGUGAAAGCCUAAGAAGACAAGUAUUGAAGGAAGAUAUUAAUGAAGGGGAUUAUGAGCAAGAGUGGCCUGAGCGAGCUGUGGUUAUAUUGGAGGCCAGCGGGCAUGAGUUGCUAGAACCAUCUGUAGGGCGGAGGGCUGUGAGGGACUUUAUGGCUUAUAGUGAGUCGCCUUUUAAAGCGCUCAGUAGUGAUCCGUAUAGGCGCAUAGAUGCAGAAGUGGAUGAGUUGAGGGAAUGGGUGGAUGGGAAGUGGCCUAUAGCAGGUGAUGUGGCGAAUAGAACUGGAAGCGCUGCUUUGAAGCAUUUCAGGCCUGGUUUGUGGCAAGAUGUGAGAAACUUUUUGCUUGCUUAUGUUGAGCAAUAA